GCUUGUAGCCUGGGGCCAUCGGGCAGGUCGGCCGAAAGGAGGUGGACACCUUUUCCACGUUGGUCAGCCUCCCAGAGUCAAGCAUCUGUGUACUCCUACCCUAGCUUAACCUCGGUCAGUGGCUGCCCAUGGCUUGUAGGACAAAGGUCAGGCUACCACCUGUGGCCUCCAAGCCCCUCUGCGCCCUGGCCCUGCCAAGCCCUCUUCCCCGGGCUCACUUCUCUCCCUGCAGCCCCCACCCCGGCCCGUUCCGGCUGUCCUGAGCCAUGUGCUGCUUUGCGACCGUCAUCUAGGUGGUCCCAGGCUCCACACGUGAGCCUCCUCGGUGUGGAUGCCCUUCCCUGGUUUUUACUUCUCACUCACAUGCCCUCACCCUCAGGGCUGGCUCGGUUGUCCCUCCACCUGAGAGUCCGGCCCUCACCUCGCAGGCUGGAUCUGCCCCCUCUGCUUCCGCUGUCGCUGGACUCAUGGAGGAUGAGAGUCCCCAGAAAGAAGCAAGAAGACGUCAGAACGGACCGGGGUUCAGAUCCAAGGUUAUGUCCUCUGGGGCAAGUUAGUAAUUUCUCUGGAGCUUAGUUCCAUCAUGUGUAAAAUGAGGAUAUUAAGAGUAGACUUAGGGGGUUGUUUGAGGAGUAGGCGAGCUGAAGUACAUCGAGUGCUGUAAUCGGUUGAACUGGGACCCUCCGAAGGUACGUCCGCUUGGAACCUCAGAAUAAAGGACUUCGCAGAUGUACUUGUGUAAAGGAUCUCAAGAUGAGAUCGCCUGGGAUUUUGGUUGGACCUUAAAUCCCAUGGCAGGUCGCUUGUAGGAGUCAGGCAGAGGGAGAUCUGAGAUACACCGAGGGAAGGUCAAGUGAAGCCAGAGGCAGAGACUUGAGUGAUGUGGCCACAAGUUAAGGAACACCUGGGAGCACCAGAGGCCAGGAAAGGCAAGAGGAAGGAUUCUUCCUAGAGCUUUCUGAGGGAGCAGGACCCUGCUGACAUCCUGAUUUUGGACUUGGGGCCUCCAGAACUGCCAGGGGGUGAAAUUCUGUUGUUUCACGCCACGGGGUGUGUGGUCAUCUGUUACAGGAGCCCCGGGAACAGACAACCUUUAGCAUGCCUAUGUGGCACAUUGUAGUGGUCCGUCAGCGUGUCCUGCUUUUAGUACUGCUGUUUUGGGGACCAAGGGAGGGGAGGGGCCCAGUGUGAAGGGCAUCAUGAGACAGAAUCAGUAGGUGUAUUCGUUUGCCAAAGUUGGCUCCUUCCGAGGAAGAACUUUCUCGGGUCUUUCUCCUGGCUUCUGGUGGCGUAUUAGCAGUUGUGGCUCUUCCCCCAGGCAUCGCUGCGUCUGUCUCUGCCUCCAUCUUUACGUGGUGUUGUCCCCGACGGUCAUAUUGGACACUGGUCAUAUUGGAUGGGGGGCUCUCCUACCCCAGCAUGACCGCAUCCGAACCAAUUACAUCAGCAACAACCCUAUUUCCAAAUGAGGGCACAUACUCAAGUACUCGGGUUAGGACUUCUACAUAGGACUUUGGUAGGGAAGGCACACUUCCAGCCAUCACAGCAGACGUAAACAUUCUUUUGUGAACUGGAUCAUGUACAAGGACUCGAACUUCAGGAAUUUUGGUUUCUCCAUUUUAGAGAUAAAGUGUUUUUUUUUGUUUUUGCCGUGAAAUCAACACCCAAGUUUCCGAGCUUUGGGUGAAUCAUGUUAUGCAAAGGAACUCUGGGGAUGUUGACAAAACCAGAAAAACAGAUGUCUCUGGUCGACUGGAGAUCAUUCUGAGCCCAGCGGAAGCUUGGGAAACUCAGGCCCCUCAGUGCACAUUUCCAAGCUGGAAUCUGGACAGUGUUAUUCCAGAGAAUUCAAUCCCUGCCAGAAAGGGUCCCGCGUGUGUUCACCACCAGAACAUAAGUGCCUCCAGGCUGAAGCUUGUCUGGCUGGUUCGCUGCUGGGAGCUAGAGCCUGGCAGACAACAGGUGCUCAGUGACUUGUGGUUGACAUCUGCUGUUAUUAUCUGCUUCACAGGAAUUUUAGCUAUGGGCGCUGUUGGGGUUGGGAGAGGCUACCUGCUUGGCUUUCUGUUAGAAGAGGGAGCAACGCAGUGCAAACGCAUGGCCUUGAAUUUUGCGGGAACCUGGAAAAACGGGCAUGUGGGACUGGAUAACAAAGAACGCAUCGGUCACGCUUUAGACUCAGGCAAGAAUGCCACUUCCAGUAUAGCCUGGAGUAUUUGCAUCCUAAUCUCUACGCACGGUGCAAAGGAAGAGCCAGUCUGGCGAGCUCCUUCCUUCUCAAACUCUCCACGUACACCCUUGGUCUCAUCCCCUUCUGCCGGAGUCCAGCUCCAGCAGGCCCAGGGGUUCCCAAAGGAAGAACGGCGUCGGUGAAAAUAAAAUAAAACUAGAAUAAAAAACUGGAAAAUAAAAAACUAAAACUACAAUAAAAAUGGACACAGGCAACGGCA